AUGGCUUCUGAAGGUAAUCGCAGCCAACAACUUACCUACUCACAAGCAGGAGAGAAUCGAAGAGUGCAACUCACGUCUAAGAAGACUGCUGAAAAUGGCCUAGACCAUGCGGAAAAGAAAUUGGGAGACACUGACGUGCGAGUACUUUAUAAGGGAAAGGGUCCUAUUACUAGUGAAGAUGAGAAGGCAAAAUCUGCACACCUGAGAAGAGAACCUGGAAACGGUUCUCCAAAUGAUCAAGAGUUGGAAGGAUUCAAGAACGGUGUGCCUGAAUCUGCACCAUACGCUUCCUCUCAAAAAAUGAAGAGUGUGGCUAAGGAGCGCGAUGCGGUUGUCCUUAGGCCAGUGGCGCCUGUGCAGCCGAAGCGCCAUUUUUCAGCGCCAUCGAUGUCUUCGCUUUAUGAAAGUGUCAAUGCAAAUCGCCAAGAAAUUUGUCAGUUAUGUGAUAAGGUCGUGUACUUGGCAGAGCGUAUGCAAGUGGAAUCAAUGUUCGUCCACAAGAAUUGCUUUCGUUGCGCAUACUGUAGUCAACCGCUACGUAUAGGCGAAUGCGGAAAGGACAAGGAUCUCGAAUUUCAUCAUCCUAAAAGGUUCUUCUGCAAAACACACUUGCGUUUGCCAUUAAAGGAGAAAAUCGCGCGCAUCGAGCGUAGCGCGCGUUUACAAGAGAAGAACAAUAAUCGCGAUGAAGAGUCGUCAGGCCCUAGUCGAGAAGUCGUUCCACCAUACUCUCAAGAGACCGCAGCAUCGAGGGAUGCCGUGCCCGCAAGGUACACUUUGUUCAUUCGUGUUACAUUUGUAUUUUUUUGCUCAAAAACUAGUUAA